GCGCGGAACCCCGGGUUGGCGGAUGAGAAGAAGGACUUUAUUAACAAAGCACACAGGAUACUCUGAUCCCUGAGCAACAGAUCUAUCUCUGAUCUCUAUUUUCCUUAUACACAUAUACCCUCUUACACACUUACACAUCUACCCUUACCCUUCCCUCACUCACACUUACACGCUAGUACCUACACGUACACUACGCGCACACAACCUCUCUCACAUCUCCCCUUCUCACACAUACACAUUACACACACAUUUCUUCACAAUGGGUUCUGUCGGAGCUUCCACCUUCCAGGUCCUCGACGACUGCCGUCCCGAUGACACCACCCUCCCCCCCUUCAUGGUCUCCUCCGACCGCGGCUUCCUUCCCCGCAUCGAGCCCGUCAAGACGCUCCCCAAGGAGUUUGACGCCCUCGAGUCCAUCCUCCAGCGCAUGCCCGUCAAGACCCUAUCCGGCGAGCCCGGCCUGCUGGCCAAGAACCAGCUCGGCCCCGAGGUCGACUCUGUCUUCCCCGACCUCACCGACGCCAUGGACCUCUACAAGGACAACCUGCCCAUCAUGACCGCGCUCUACCGCGACUACUCCUUCCUCGCUUCUGCCUACCUCCUUGAGCCCUGCCACGAGCGCUUCCUCCGCGGCGAAGAGUACGGCCUCGGUCGCCAGACCCUGCCCGCCAACAUUGCCCGCCCCAUUGCCCGCUGCGCCGAAAUCUCCGGCUUCCUCCCCUUCAUGGAGUACGCCGGCUCGUACGCCCUGUACAACUACCACCUCGUCGACCCUGCCAAGGGCCUCGAGUACGACAACCUGCGCCUGAUCCGCGCCUUUGAGCACGGCCUGCACCCCGAGUCAUCCGAGGCCGGCUUCGUGCUUGUCCACAUCGACAUGGUGCAGAACUCGGGCCCCCUUGUCUCUGGCGUCAUGAAGUGCUUCGAGUCCGCGUCCAAGGUCGGCUCGUCGCUUGGCGCCACCGAGAUCCGCGCCGAGUUCAACGAGGGCCUCGAGUCUAUUCUGGGUGCCAUGAAGAAGAUCAACGCCGUCAUGGAGACCAUGUGGGGCAAGUCUCGCCCUACCGAGUACACCAGCUUCCGCACCUUCAUCUUUGGCAUUACUUCCCAGAGCAUGUUCCCCAACGGCGUCGUCUACGAGGGUCUCAACGACGGCAAGCCCAUGUCCUUCCGUGGCGAGAGCGGUGCCAACGACUCCAUGGUGCCUCUGAUGGACAACUUCCUCCAGGUGCCCAUGCCCGAUACCCCUCUUACUGAUAUCCUGCAGGACUUCCGCAAGUACCGUCCCAGCAACCACAAGGCUUUCCUGUCUUUUGCCAAGGACCGCUCGCUGGAGCUCGAUCUCAAGGAGUACGCUCUUGACCUCAAGGGCAAGGCUACAUCUGAUGAGGAGGCCGAUCUUCUCCGCACCUCCCGCAGCUUGUGGCUCCAGAUCCUCGACCAGGUCCGCGACUUCCGCUGGCGCCACUGGUGCUUUGCCCGCGAGUACAUUCUCAAGCGCACUUCUCACCCCACCGCCACUGGUGGCAGCCCCAUUGUCACAUGGUUGCCUAACCAGCUCAUUGCUGUCCUCGAAGAGAUGGUCGAGGUCAACAAGACUGGCGAUAUCGACGGCAAGGGUCUCGGCAAGGUUGCUGAGGACGUCAUGGAGGCUGCUCUCCGCCAGCGCGAGACUCUCCGCAAGGAGGUUGACAAGUACUGCGCUGAGCGUGGUGUCACCCGCUCGUAAGCAGUUUCCGAUUGACUGCAAACACCUGGUGAAAUAAAAGUAGAGAAUUGUGACGCAUAGAUUUAAUGAGUAAUAAAUGAACUAUUUUACAU